AUGGUUGGCGUGACUAGACGGAAGAAGAGUAUCUUUCGAAACAUUCAUAGCAUAUACACAUACGACCAUAGGGUGUGGAGAACAGGGCUUCCCGUCCGCUCAGCCGUACUUAAGCCACACGCCGGCCAGUUAGUAGUAUGGUGGGUGACCACAUGCGAAUCCUGGCUGUUGUAUGUUUUUUGCAUUUCUUAUUUUGUCAUGGAGAUUCAAUCAACCAGGGCGGUGCAGGCAUCCAACAUUCAUAUCUACCUUAUUCCACCACCAAGCUUUGCAAAAUCCUAUUGA